AUGGGGUCCAUUGCCGCGUGGGGAGCCGCCGUCGAAAGUCUGAAUCUGGAAUCAAAGCCUUUCGGGAUCAAAACGCUUUUAGUCGAGCCCGGCUACUUCCGGACCGAAUUUCUCAAUGAGAAGAAGGCAGUCUUUGUUGACACCAAAAUUGACGACUACAGGCCCCUUGUGGACAACUUGUACCCACAAGUCAAAGGGAUCCAUCAGAAACAGCCUGGCGAUCCUGCCAAAGGUGUGGCGCGUAUCGUCGACUUGGUCAAGUCUGACGCCGCUACAACAGAAUUCCCCGUUAGUUUGGCUUUGGGCGACGACGCUCUUGAGGCGAUCCGAAACAAGUGCCAAGCCACGUUGGAUUUGUUGGACAAGUGGGCCGACAAGUCUUCGAACAUGACGUUCUAA